AUGGUCAGUCGAAAAGCUGGGUUCCUGGCCAUAUGCUUCAUUCUUUUGAAUGUCACCUGCGCCAACCCAGUGGAGCAACGCAAUGAAGUUGGUGCCAUAGGUACACCUAAUGAAGUUAGAGCAAUGGAAAAGCGAAAAGAUGACGAUGAAUGGAUUGACUUUGCGGAAGAUGCAAAGAAUUACGACAAACUUAUCAAGUUUAAACCGUCGCCUCCCAUCAAGGGCGCAAAGAAGCCCAAGUCGCCUCCCAUCAUCAAGGGUGCAAAGACGCCUAAGAGAGAGCUCGUCACGCGCGCCCCCCAACUGUACACCCAAGAAAAACUUAGACUCCUUAAGAAAGUCUGUGACGAACUUGUAAAAAGUUUACAGCCAAAGGACUUUGUCCUCUUUGUUGGUAAUAGUGGAUCCUAUAUGAAAUACUGCUUCGAACAUCCUCGAAUGGGAGCAAUCCCUAUCAGCAAAGCUAGACGAUACGAAUAUCUGGAGCCAGCUGAUCGCGAAGACGACCCCGAAAAUUAUGGUGUUAUUCCUGGAGCUAACGAUCCAGCAAAACACGCAGUUUUAAUGAACUACUACAACAGGUAUCUUGGUCCAAAGUUGAAGGGAGUAAAGGACGGUGGGGCUCCGGCCUUUCCGAAUGGUUUGGCUGUGGAUAGGUUUGUCUUGGUAGAUCAUUCCAGUUCAGGCAAAUCAGUGGAUGCUACGAGAAUAAUUUUAUAUCACGCCUUCUCGGCUGCAAAGCCAUACUGUCCCGAGAUAGUUGCGCAAAAGUACGACGAGAAACCCUUCGUACUGUUUAACGUUAUCGACACAAGAAAGACUAGAAAGAAUUCGAAGGGGAAGCAAGUCGUUGACACAACAAAGGUUAUAAACCCGGUAAACGUACCGGUUAUCAAACAUUUCUGGGUGGGCAAAAACCACGAAGUGGACCAUAUGCUUGGCGACGAAGGUCACCAUUUCCGCAACCAGGUCGAUUACUGGCCUUCUCGCUGGUACAACGGUGUUGGCUACUAUUGGGAUAUAGAAAAAGAAAAGAAACAGCAAGCUGACAGCAUUCGAAAUCAAAUCAAGGAAUAUGUUAAGAAACACAACAAGGGCAACCUUAUGACGCCGUCAUCUAAAACGCUCAAGAGUUCUAAGUAG